GUCCAAAGAAGUCUAUAGAAAGGGAGAGCGCAACAUUUCCCAGCCUUCAUUCUUCCGCGAGAGGGCAAGUGAGGAUUAGGAUGGUCAUCAGAGUGUAUAUCGCCUCCUCGUCCGGGUCUGUCGCGGUGAAGAAACGUCAGCAGGCCAUCGUGGGCUUUCUGGAGGCCAACCGGAUCAGCUUCGAGGAGGUUGACAUCACCAUGCUGGAGGAUCAGAGGCUCUGGAUGUACCGGAACAUUCCUGAGGAGAAACGACCUGAAAAGGGCAAUCCUCUCCCCCCUCAGAUCUUCAAUGGAGACGAGUACUGCGGCGAUUAUGAAGAUUUCUUCCAGUCUAAAGAGAUGAACACAGUGUUCUCAUUCCUCCGUUUGCCCCCUGUAAAGGACUCUGAAUCGUAGACCAUGUCAUUGAUAUUUCUAGACUGAAACACUGUGGUUUUGCCUCUUUUUCCUGUGAAGUAACUCUCGUCCCCUGGUCUGAAGCCCUCACUGCCAGCAAUGCUUUUGCCAAACACACGCUGCCCUCCAGCCCAGCUUUUCCUAAGAAACUUCUUCUCAUUCAAACACACGCACACACAGGGUGAUUACAUAGGUUUUCUAUGGCCAAUUAAUUAUUUAUAUGCGUUGCUGUUUUGUUUCAUUUGUUUUACAUGUGUUGUAUGAAAAGCCUAUUCUGCUUUUUUUAAAUUGAUUCAGGGAUAGCAAGUGAACUUAUACCUGUUUGUUUGUGUGCGUAAGACUUACAUUGUUAAUCUACACAAAGAGAAUAAUAAGUAUGCAAGGCUGCAUGUACAAGUCUCUUGUAAGUCGUUCUUUGUUAAGGAACUCAGACAGACGGCCAAAAGGUAAUGUAGGGAAACAGCAGAAGAAUUUGGUAUAAUGUUGUCCUUGCUGUAAAAAGAAGUUCAGACCAAAAACCAAAACAGCCUCAAAACAGGAAAUAGAAUCCUGACCUGAAUUAAGAUCUCAGCAUAACAGCGCUGAUCUAAGAUCAGUGUUUCCACGACACAUAAUGGCUCUUCAAAGCUUUUCAGAGUGUAAAACGGGUCCUGAAUCAGUAUUUGAACACCUUAUGCUUUAUUAGUGGAAUUUCAUAUCUCAUUCCUACAGCCUUUUGUUCCUUCUGCUGGAAAACAUGCUGAUGAACUCAUCUUGUUUGAGGAGGUCUCGUCUUUUCCUCUUUAAUUGUCUGUUAAAAUGUGUUUUUCUUCUCAGGGGUAUGUUAGCAUGUAGCAUGUAACACACUGUGAUGCCUCAACUUUCAGCUCACCCAUUUGUGUAGCUUAUAUAGUGAAUUAUACAAAGCUGGGGAGAUAAGUG